AUGCACCAGCAGCGGCUGUGGCUCGGGUGCGUGCUGCGUGGCGUGCACACGAGGCGCGCGCCGCGGAUGCCGUUUUUUAGCUGCAAUCGUGUGGAUCCGAAUGCGCUGGCGCGCGUAGUGGCGGAGGCGUACCGACCGAGCGCGUCGGAUCCGCGGUCUGCGCUGGCGGGGCCGGACGAGGCGGCGCGGGUGGCGGGGCGGGUGCCGGCGGGCUACGUGGAGCAGCGGCGGAGGACGCCGGUGCAGUGGCUGCGUGUGUACCGCCAGUUGUCCAAGUCGCGGCUGACGUUUCUGGUCGUGCUGUCGGGCAUGAUGGGCUACUCGCUGUGCCCGGCGGCGUAUGCGGCCACGACGGCGCUGCCGUCCGUCGUGCGUCUGCUGGCGCUGGCGGGCGGCAUUACGCUGUGUUCGACGGCGGCGAAUACCCUGAAUCAGGUGGUCGAGGCGCCGUACGAUGCGCAGAUGGCGCGGACGCGGGCGCGGCCGCUGCCGCGCCGGGCGAUUGCACCGGCGCAUGCCUUUGGCCUGGCAACGUGCUCGGCGGCGGGGGGCGUCGCUGUGCUGGGCGCGCUGACGAAUCCGCUGACGGCGGCGCUUGGGGCGCUCAACGUUGCGCUGUAUGCGUUUGUGUACACGCCGAUGAAGCGGCACAGCAUCGCGAAUACGUGGGUCGGCGCCGUGGUCGGUGCGCUGCCGCCGCUGAUGGGCUGGGCGUCGUGCACGGGGACGCUGAUGCAGCCGACGGAUGCGGCAGGCUGGAUCCUCGCCGGCAUCCUGUUUGCGUGGCAGUUUCCGCACUUUAAUGCGCUCGCGCACGCGAUGGGCAACGAGUACGCGCGCGGCGGGUACCGCAUGAUGUCCGUGACGAAUCCGGCGCUGAAUCGGCGCGUCGCCGCGCGGUACGCGCUCGCGCUCGUGCCGCUGUGUGGCGUGGCGCUGCCGCUGACCGGCACGGUGCUGCCCGUGACGUACGCGGCGCUGAGCCUCGUGCCGAACGCCGCGUUUGCGUACUAUGCGCUGCGGUUCUGGCGCGUGCCGAGCGAGCGCAGCGCUCGGCAGUGCUUCUGGAUGAGCCUCUUUCACCUGCCGGCCGUCAUGCUCCUGGCGAUGGCGUGCAAGGCGGACAUGUGGACUACAUAG